AUGAACGCUGCGUUGGCACGGCGUCACGUUGAGCCUUCUUUACUGGAAACCACCAACAACAGCAACCAGCGGAGGAAACACUCCCAGUACAGGUUCAGAAACAGUCUAAAGCAGAACAUCUGUGUGGAGCUGCUUCAAGAGGGCUACCACAGGUCGUUCUCGGAGCUCUUCUCUCUGCUGAGCUCUGAUCUGGAUCGGAGGGCGGCGGGCGAACCGGGUUCUCCUCUCAGACUUCAGACCCCGCUGGAGGAGCAGUGGGACAAACUGGACACCAUGAGGCGGCACCUGAGACGGGCCGAGCAGGCUGAGAAGACCUGCUCGUGGACGGUGGUGUGUGACCAGCGUCUGUUUCUGGGUCGGUACUUCUCGUCUCCGGAGGACUUCUGGCUCAGUUUACAUUUCUACCAGAGCUGUGCAGAGCGAGAGCACGGAGGCCGAUCCAGACCGGCCACCGAGGCCCGAGUGUGUAUGGCCGAGGUCUACCUGCAGCAAGGUGAGCUGCAGCAGGCGAGGCAGCAGGCGGAGCUUUGCAUCCAGCAGGCGGAGGGGGUCGACUGGUUGGACUCGAGCGACCGGCCCCUGAGGCUCCGGGCCCUCGGGGCCCUGUGGAGGAUCUACAGCCGGCUGGCCGACGCCCCGCUGGAUGCCGGAGACUACGAGGAGGCCCUCAGGCUCCUCCACGAGGGCCACAGCAUAGCAGCUGAGACUGAAGACAAACACAUCCAAUCAGAGUCCUGCUAUCAACUGGGACUGACCAAUCAGAGAGCAGGAGACCACGACACAGCCAAACAGUUCUUCAACUCCUGCAUGCAGAUCUGUGGAACGCUGCAGGAUGCAGACGGUCUGGGGAAGUCCUACAAGGCUAUGGCCAGGUCUAUGGACGAGGGGAACACACAGGACACACUCCAGUGUCUGGAGAAGUUGGCCGACAUCUCCCGUAGCAACGGGCUGCAACGCAACCUGGUGGACGCCCUCCUGUCUCUGGGCAACAUCUACUACACCAUGAGUCAGUAUACCAGAGCGUGUGAAUACUUCCUGCAGGCUUGUGAAGUUUCCUGUAAACUUGAAGAUGUGUCUCUGCUGCAGAAAGCUCAGGUAAAGUUUUGA